AUGGCUGCUGGUGCAAGUACACCCUCUGCAUCUGCAGAGCCACCAGCGGCAAGUUGCCCUGUUGACCAUAAAACUCGGGAGGUCUGGUUACAACAACACGGAAACUCAUCUCAUCCUUCAACACCUGGGUCAUCCCUGGAGCAAGGCCAAACACCAGCCAAGAUGCAACGACCACUGUCAACAGACCGAGAAGUCAGCACUAUACCCCGUGCUGGUGAAGCAGCUUCUGGGAGGGUCUGCCCUGAAGGCCAAAGGCAAGCCCCGUCCGCGUAUGCCUCAUCCGAACAGGCCGCAUCACACGGUUGUCCCUCGAACGCGGAAUCCGAAACUGGCCGCGAUGAGGCCACGGGAAACUGGAUUUAUCCAUCUGAAAAGCAAUUCUUUGAAGCCUUAAUGCGCAAAGGCAAUACACCUGGCUCUACUUCCUCCGCCUCUGAACUCGCAACCUCAGUCGCCUCGAUCAUCCCUAUUCACAAUGCCGUUAACGAGCGUGCAUGGCAACAAAUCUUAGAUUGGGAACAAAAAGCCCCAUCAACAGAUCCUGGAAGUCAGAAGUGUGGUGGACCCAAAUUAUAUUCCUUUCGGGGGCUCGGAGUCGAGCCCCAGUUUCUGAGCCCUCGUGCGCGAGUCAACGGGUGGCUUGGCUAUCAACGGCCAUUUGAUCGACACGACUGGGUAGUCGAGCGGUGUGGUGGAGAACAAGUUGAGUAUGUAAUUGACUUCUACCAAGGGAAGUCUUCGGGCACUACGGGCCAGCCAGGUCUGACUGGAAAUGCUAGUCCAGGCAAGCUUAGCUUUUACCUGGACGUUCGGCCCAAGCUGAAUACAUAUGAAGGUUGGAGGCUACGGUUCAAUCGAUUUGUAGGCCUUUGA